AUGGAGUCAGCUGCUUUGAAUGGGAGAACGACCCGAUGGCAGAUUUUAUUGUCUGAAUUUGAUAUUGUCUAUGUGAACCAAAAGACUGUGAAAGGGAGUGCAAUUGCUGACUUUCUAGCUAGUAGAGCUCUGGAGGACUACGAGCCGUUGAGUUUUGAUUUCCCAAAUGAGGACCUGAUGUGUGUAGCCGCUACUGAAGAAAGUCCCCAAGAAGGUCAUAGUUGGAAGCUAAACUUUGAUGGAGCCUCGAACGCUGUAGGCAAUGGAAUUGGGGCAGUCCUAGUGUCCCCAAAUGAAUAUGAAGCAUGCGUCAUGGGUAUUCGUGCAGCUAUAGAGCGAGGAAUCAAAGUGCCAGAGGUCUAUGGAGAUUCAGCAUUGGUGAUAUAUCAGCUUAGGGGUGAAUGGGAAACGAGAGAUCCCAAAUUAAUCAGUUAUCGAAAGUUGGUCCUCGAAUUGAUUAAGGAGUUUGAGGACAUCACUUUUUGCUAUCUCCCACGAGAUGAGAACCAGAUGGUCGAUACAUCGCUACCUUAG